UGCGCCGACCGCUCUGGAACGGCGGGUGGGGGCGAAUGACAACUCAAGACCCCUGAAGCGGCCGGACCCGGUGCCUCGGGCGAGUGCCGGUGGCGCAUAUCGUCGGCUUGUGGAGCCAACAGCCCACAUCCCACAUUCCACGCCGUUUUCUCCCCCCACCAACGACCAAUUCCUCACUCCCGCCCACGCUUUCGCCAUUGUCCACUACUUCGGUUAUUACGCACCGUCGCUGCUCGUUAGGGGUAUCGGAUUGGAAAGAAUUGGUUGCAUCACACCACUCUUCGAACGAUCUCAACCUCUGCCUCGAAAUCGCGAGAUACCUUUUGCAGCUUUGGUCGAAGUUGGACGAACCCGACACCCAAUUCACAAUCCCCGCGCUUCGCUGAACACCAAACAUUUUCGGAACGAUGGCCACUCCUAACGGUCAAGCUUCGCAAGGCGAGCCGCGGCCGCCCGUUCCGAUCCUCGAAGCGCCCAAGCUCAGCGUCAAGAUGUCGGCCACCGAGCUGAUUGGGAACACACCGCUUGUUCGCCUCAAUAAGAUCCCGCAGUCGCUUGGGAUCGAGGCCGAGGUGUAUGCCAAGGUUGAGCUGUUUAACGCCGGCGGCAGCGUAAAGGACAGGAUAGCGCUGCGCAUGGUCGAGGAAGCCGAGAAGAGCGGGCGCAUUAAGCCUGGUGACACGCUGAUUGAGCCCACUAGUGGCAAUACCGGCAUCGGUCUCGCGCUGGUCGGCGCAAUCAAGGGAUACAAGACCAUCAUCACCCUCCCCGAGAAGAUGUCCGCCGAGAAGGUUUCCGUCCUCCGUGCUCUUGGCGCCACCAUCAUUCGCACACCCACCCAAGCCGCCUGGGACGCCCCGGAAAGCCAUAUCGGUGUCGCGAGGCGUCUAUUGAAGGAGAUCCCCAAUUCGCACAUCCUCGAUCAAUACACAAACGAGAACAACCCGCUCGCGCACGAGUUCGGGACUGCCGAGGAAAUCUGGGCGCAAACCGGCGGUAAAAUCACGGCUGUUGUCGCCGGUGCGGGGACUGGCGGCACCAUCUCCGGCAUUGCCAAGGGGCUCAGGAAGCAUGACAAGAACGUCAAGGUCAUCGCGGCGGACCCGCACGGCAGUAUCCUAGCCGUCCCCGAGGCGCUGAACGAGGAGCAGGCAAAUGUCUCGUACAAGGUUGAGGGCAUUGGGUACGACUUCAUCCCAGAUGUUCUGGACCGGGAGCUCGUCGACAAGUGGUACAAGACCGACGACCGCGAGUCUUUCCAGCUCGCGAGACGGUUGAUUGCCGAAGAGGGCUUGCUGGUCGGCGGCUCGUCCGGCAGUGCCAUGGCGGCCAUGCUCAAGGCGGUGAAGGACUUCGGGUUCGGCAAGGGCGACGUGGUCGUCGUCGUCCUCCCUGAUAGCAUCCGCUCCUACCUCUCCAAGUUUGCCGACGAUGACUGGCUCGCUGCAAACGGCCUCCUCCCCAACGACUCGGAUAACGUUGACGGCGCGGGCGCCCGUUCACGGCCAAGGACGCACAGCCAGAGCACCCCCGACGCCUAUGCCGGCGCCACCGUGCGUGCCCUCCGCCUCAAGCCCGUGUCAUCGGUCAUCACCACCAGCGCCUGUUCCGAGGCCAUCGAGACGAUGCGCGACAAGGGUUUCGACCAGCUGCCCGUCCUCGCCCCCACGGGCGGCAAGCUGGCUGGCCUGGUCACGCUGGGCAACCUGCUCAGCUACAUCUCGCGCGGCCGCGCCACGCCCCAGACUCCGGUCAGCGAGGUCAUGUUCAACUUCAGCCGCAUCGACGAGGUGGUCACGGACCCCCGCCGGUUCGGCUCGGAUCUCAAGGGCAAGAAGCGCAAGUUUGUCGAGAUCACCCUGGACAGCCCACUGUCUGCGCUGAGCCGGUUCCUGGAGUGGAACAGCGCGGCGGUGGUCACGGAGAAGGACGAGGGCGGGGGCUCGAAGCCCGUGGCGGUCGUGACCAAGGUGGAUCUGUUGACCUGGAUGGUGAGGCAGAAGUCGUGAGCGGGUCCGACGAAGUUAUGCCGAGGAGUUUUUCCGGGGUUGUUCUACUGUGAGCAUUUAAGGGCGAUUAGACAUGGGAACCGAGACUCAACGUCUAUGGUUAGUUGGCUUGGACAGCAUUGUUCAGCAUUAUUGAGCGUAGCAUGUCGGCAUAGAGAGGGCUCAACCCGUGCAAAUGGGGAGGGAGGAAGGUAUCUGGAUCGUUAAUACCCAUUAAUAGAUACGCAAGUCAUCUCAGUACAGCUCCUGAUUAUACA